AACGUGUGAUGUCUUUUACAUAUCAUUGUAAAUUGUGAAUUAGGUUUAUGAUAUAGUAUCUAACGAGAGUCUCGCUCGAGACGGUUCGCUUUCCUUUAAAUCAAAUUGUUAUAAGUUACAACCCAUUACCAUUACCGGCAUAACGGCAUUACGAUACCUCCUUAAUACCUCCCCUUAGUCAAUUUUUAUCUGUUGAAAUUUUGCGAUGUAAAAUCAUUAAAUGCGUUUUACUAAAGCUUUUGCUUUUGAUUUAAAUUCAUUUUAAUUUAAAUUAAGUGUACAUGUUGUCAAUAGUUUCGAAUACCUCUGCGACCAUAUAUAAUUGAGUGUAUGAAGUUUUCUUUGUUUAACGGUGUAAUUCUGUUACACAUUUCUCAAAAUAGGUAUUGAUUGUUUUUCUUAGAAGUUCAGUAAUAAAGAAAAAUCGGUAAUGUUUUACAAUUAAAAGGAACAAUACCGCUGGAAAUUUGUGUUGCUAUCCGAUACUGCGUAAAUUGCGGAAUGAAUCUUGACAAUUCAUCAAGAGAGAAUUCGGAAGCAUUAGAUAGCAUAGGUACUGUAAGCCCAAGAGAAAAAUAUCACGGAAUGAGGGAGAAAAAAUUGUCAGCUGCUUCAUUAACAAACACGGAGGGUGCUCGGCCUAAGGUAGUCACAGUAAAACAUCCUGAAUCAAACAAGCCUAAACCUACAGCUAGGAAAAAUAAACCUAUACAGGCAGAUCUAGAUGUUAUUAAGGAAUUCAUUAGAUGUCGGGACGAAGGCGUAAAGCGGCUUGAUUUGAGCAAAUCUUCAAUAACGUCUUUGCCACCUAAUGUAAGAGAUUUGACACAUCUAGUUGAAUUUUAUUUAUAUGGAAACAAGUUAGUAGCCCUUCCUGCAGAAUUUGGCUGUUUAACUAAUCUUCAGACAUUAGCUUUGAACGAGAACUCUUUAACAAGCUUACCUGAUUCAUUAGCUAAUUUGAGAUGCCUAAAGGUAUUGGAUUUGCGACACAAUAAGCUAAGUGAUAUACCUGAAGUGGUCUAUAAAUUAACAUCAUUAACUACUCUAUUUUUGAGAUUCAAUCGAAUAAGAGUAGUCGGAGAUGGCAUUGCCAAUCUUACAAGUCUCACAAUGUUGAGUUUAAGAGAGAAUAAGAUUAAAGAAUUGUCCUCAGGAAUUGGGAAACUGGUAAACUUGGUUACUUUUGAUGUUUCUCAUAACCAUUUAGAACAUUUACCACAGGAAAUAGGUAAUUGUGUUAAUUUGUCUACAUUAGACCUUCAGCAUAAUGAGUUGUUGGACAUUCCUGAGACAAUUGGAAACUUACAGGCUUUGAAUCGCAUAGGUCUCCGAUAUAACAGGCUCAAUGCUAUACCGGCUUCACUGAGCAAUUGCAAACACAUGGAUGAAUUUAAUGUAGAAGGAAACUCAAUAUCACAACUACCUGAAGGUCUUUUAUGCAGUUUGACUGAGCUCACUAGUCUCACAUUAUCACGGAAUUCAUUCAUGAGUUAUCCAAGUGGAGGUCCUGCACAGUUUACUAGUGUUUCUUCUAUUAAUCUUGAGCACAACCAGAUAGACAAAAUACCUUACGGUAUUUUUUCAAGAGCAAAAAAUCUAACCAAGUUAAACAUGAAAGAGAAUUUACUUUCCUCUCUACCUCUUGAUAUUGGAACUUGGGUAAAUAUGGUCGAGCUAAAUUUGGGUACAAACCAAUUGGUUAAACUACCCGAUGAUAUUCAAAGUCUUGUGAAUUUAGAAGUGUUGAUUCUAUCAAACAACUUACUGAAGAGGAUUCCACCUAGUAUUGGAAACUUGAGGAAACUUCGAGUAUUGGAUUUGGAAGAAAAUAAGUUAGAAGUUCUUCCUAAUGAAAUUGGAUUUCUACAGGAAUUAAAGAAGUUGGUAGUACAAUCUAAUCAACUGAUAUCAUUACCCCGCUCCAUUGGCCAUUUGGUUAAUUUAACAUAUUUAAGUGUAGGUGAAAAUAACUUGCAAUAUUUGCCAGAAGAAAUUGGUACACUUGAAAACCUUGAGUCAUUAUAUCUUAAUGACAACCCGAAUUUAUGUAAUCUUCCAUUUGAGUUAGCAUUAUGUGUUAGCUUGCAAAUUAUGAGCAUUGAAAAUUGCCCAUUGACAUCACUACCUCCCGAGGUUGUGUCUUCAGGGCCAUCUUUGGUUAUCCAAUACCUAAAAUCACAAGGACCCUACAGAGCUAUGUGAUAUGAGGUUGAAGAUUAUCAGCCUGCUAUAUCAGGAAAUGAUAAUAUUUAAAUGGAAUACAAGUGUGUACACAUUAAAUGGUUUUAAAUAAUUUUCUUUACCAAAAUUGAGAAUAUUAUACUUGAACUUAACAUUUUAUUAAAAAAUUGCUAAAUUUAAAAUGAGGUUAAUCCUUAUUUGAUGUCUCUCUAAAACACUCAAAACAAAACUCAUUUAAUCUGAUGUGACUUUCUUAUAUAAAAAAAGAAAAUAAUUUAUGAGAUAAUUUUUAGCAUCUAUAAAGCCUAUGUUACUGUAAUUAUUGCUGUAUAUAAUGUAUAUGCACAAACUGUAGGCUAGUAUAUCUAUCUAUAAUCUUCUAUGAAAAAAAUAGCAUUUUUGCAAUAUAAGCUGUAUCAGUCGAAUGAUAUCAUGUAGAAGCCAAAAUACAGAUGACAUACAAAUAGUAUGCUAAUUAUAUUUUCAUACGUCUUUAAUAAGCUUGUUAUUUUGAUAUUUGUAAAAUAUCUGAUGCUUUGUAAUACUGUUUAUAAUAAACUGUUUAUUGAUUAUAAAUAUGUUACGAGUCUUGUAGUUAAAAGUUUCAUGGCUCUCUUGAGUGGUCUAAACACUUUUAAAAGUAUAAAAGUUAAUGUUGUAGGUAUUUUAUAAUGAAAACAAAAAAAAAAUUGUUCUAAACAAGUUUACUGUAUGUGUUUUCCUAAAUGUUUCUAGGACUAUUCUGCUAAAAUUAAUUGUAUUCAAUAUUUUCUACUUCAUAAUAAGAACUUUAAUGCCAAUGUUUGUAAUUUCAAGUUGUAUGGAUCUCAAUGUUGGUCAGUAUUCAACAUCUCUUCUUUAGUAUUAUUAAUCUUAUAAUAUAUAUUUUGUGAACUCUAUAUGAAUGUUUUAUAUUGCAAUACAAACGUUGUAUGCAAUAUUAUUAAAAGUAAUUCAGUUUCAAAGCCCAUUAAUGCCUAUUUGUUUAAUAGGCAAUAUAGGAUUAUAUUUAUAAUUAUUUUUAGUGAUAAUCAAAUAACUUGAUGUUUAAAUUAGAUCUUAGAUAUGUGUUAUUUAUCAAUGUUGUCCUGAAAUGUUGCAUUUAACUGUUCUUUGAAAUAUUCAUAAUUUGACAUUAUAUAAUUUAAGUAAACCACCAAAAUUUUCUACUUAUUCUUAUGUUUUGUGUAAAUAAUAGGAAAAUGUUGACGUAAAAAUGAAAUAAUGGGACUAGUCAUUUUAAUCACUUUUGUUGUGAUGCAGGUUCCUCUGCCCACCUCAAAUUUAAAACAUGUAAUUUGAUACAAAAUAAGUCAUCAUAUUUUACAUAUAAUGCUUAUUGUCUUCUUUAUAAAAGGAAUACAGAUUACACAAAGCAUAAUCAGUAUGACACAAUAAACAUGACAAAUUGUAUCAUUUAGUGCUGUAUUAGAAUACAGUCUUCCAACUACUUUAUUUUUCAAAACCAAUCAUCAAAGUUGACUAUUUUAUAUAACUAAAAUAACUUGUUAAUGAUGAAGCUGUUUGUCAAACUUUGAGUGUUUGAUCAAUCAUUUGAUAGAAUGUAGGUGUGUUUGACGAGUUGCUCAAGUAAUCUUACAUGUUUGAUAAUAAAUUCUAAUUCAUAUAUGUAUAUGUUGGACAACAACAUUGAAAGAGUUCCUAUUCUUGUUGUUUGUCAUACAAUAUCUAGUCAAAGUAACAUCAUGACGGCAUCGGAAACAAAAACCCCAAACGAGACAUAUAUCUGUUUGAUUAGUAUGUUUGUUGAUAAAAAAUAAAGUUUGGCAAACAUUUUUUUAGUUUGAUAAUUUACAGGAUCCUUAAACAGUCAGAAUGAACCAGUGAAUUGAAGAGAUAAAAAUGCAAGUUAAAAAAUUUGUUCAAAUACAAACUAUAAGUUUGUUGUUAUAUAGAUAGUAUACAUUCUUUCAUUUGUAUAAUGUAUUUAAAAGCUGGUUUAUGAUGAGGAUAAAAACAGUAGUGAUAAAUGAAGUAGCAUUUAAGUCUGCCACUGCAUGGAGAUUUUCAUUAUAAAGUUUAUCUAGAUGUUAGAAAUUAAAUUGGCAUUUAUUGUUAUUUGAAUUAUAAAAAUAGAAUGUUUUAAAUGUCGACAUAAAAAGUGCGAAAUAUUGAUAUAAUUUAUGUGAAUUACUUGGUGUUAAAUCAACAAUAUCUUAAUCCCAUGUGUAUUAAUAUGUUUUAAUGAAAUAUUGUGGUAUAUGAAAUAAAUGACAUAAUCAAU